AUGGCGGCACGAAAACUGCAACAAGAAGUCGACAAGUGCUUCAAAAAGGUGGCCGAAGGGGUUGCCGAGUUCGAGGCCAUCUACGAGAAGAUCGAGCAAUCGAAUAACAUCUCACAAAAGGAGAAGCUGGAGGACAAUCUUAAGCGCGAAAUCAAGAAGCUCCAGCGGCUUCGCGACCAGAUCAAGACAUGGGCGGCGAGCAACGACAUCAAGGACAAGGCUCCUUUACUGGAGCAUCGCCGCUUGAUCGAGACGCAAAUGGAGAAAUUCAAGGCGGUCGAGAAGGCCAUGAAGACUAAGGCAUACUCCAAGGAAGGGUUGGCCUCUUCAGCGAAACUCGACCCACAAGAACAAGCCAAGGCAGAGGCAAGCGAUUUCCUGAGCAGCAUGGUCGACGAGCUGGAACAACAAAUCGAGACCCUUGAAGCCGAGAGCGAAUCGAUACAAGCCACCAUGAAGAAGGGCAAGAGCCAAACGGCCAAGGCGGAGCGCAUUGCCGAGAUCGAGCGCAUAAUCGAGCGGCACAAGUGGCACCAAAGCAAGCUCGAGCUGAUUCGCAGAUCUUUGGAGAACGGCGGCGUGGAUACCGACCAAGUCACCGACCUCGAGGAGACGAUUCGUUAUUACGUUUCGGACGGCAUGAACGACGACUUUAUUGAAGACGACGAAAUGUACGACGACCUCAACCUGGAUGACGAGGAGGGCCAGUACGCUGUGCCUCAGGACGGCGACAAGGGCUCGUCGCAAGAUGCCCAAUCGACAGCAGAAGAACCAACACCAGAGCCGGAGAUCAAGCCCCCAAGCGCAAAGGUGAAGGCGGUGGUAGAGGUUGCUGCUUCGGGACGGAAGUCGAGCGCACAGUCCAAGUCCCCGUUACCGGCGUUGGCAACAUUGCACACGCCAUUAGCGACAAUCGGCAACGGCACCGUGAGCGGGCCGGCCAUGAAGCCCGCAUCUGUGCCUGCAAGGCCCGCCGAAGGCCUCAAGUACGCAUCCGCCGCCGCGGCAGCAGCAGCGUCAGACAAGAUUGGUAUUUCCCCCUUACCGCCCCCGCCAGGCGCACAACCCGUGCCGGUUGCUCCUCCGGUGCAGGCAAAGACAAGCGCGACGAGCUCGCCGGCAACAACAUCCGUACAUCCUGUGGCGGCAAAGGAGGUGGAGCCCAAACAACUCGCGGUUCCUUCAGGAAGCGCAAGCGAAACUCCAACGAUCAUCGCGAAGCCAACUCCAGCCCCGACAACCAAGGCAGAGAAGCGGGCGGCCAAGAACCAGGCCGCGGCGGAGGCGGCCGAAGCGUCCAAGGCUGCGCAAACAAACGGCACCUCGAACGGUGUCAAGGCCGUCGCAGAAGAGGAAGAAGAAUCGAUAUACCACCUCCCUGCAUCUUUGCAAGAUCUUGUCGAGUCCUUUGAGACAUCUCGCAAGCGCCCAGCCUCUUACAAUUCGGCUACCACGCAGCGGAUGCUUCAGGCAAGUCAAGCCAUGUGUCCCGACAUCAUGGACACAGACGUGCCUCGAACUUACCGUCCGGAGCUGCGCUACUCAUCAACAGGAUUGGGCUUCCCGUCGGAGCCUCUCCCGUUGUUCGAUGACCCGCGGCUGUACCAGCGCAUCGACCCGGAUACUCUCUUCUACGUAUUCUACUACAAGCAAGGUACACCUCAACAGUACCUGGCAGCCAAGGCGCUGAAGGAUCAGAGUUGGAGGUUUCAUAAGCAGUACCAGACCUGGUUCCAGCGUCAUGAGGAGCCGAAGAGCAUCACGGAGGAGUACGAGCAAGGCACCUACCGUUUCUUCGACUACGAGAGCACCUGGAUGAACCGUAGAAAGGCUGACUUCAAGUUUGCCUACAAAUUCCUUGAGGACGAUGUAUGA